AUGGAUGACCUCACCCGAGCCCUCUCGGCCAGCUUUGCUGUGUCCAAGGAGCCCAACAGCACAGCUGCCCCGCACCCUCGGCUGUCUCAAUACAAAAGCAAGUACAGCGUGCUGGAGCAGAGCGAGCGGCGCCGGCGUUUCCUUGAACUGCAGAAAAUCAAAAGGUUCAACUACGUCAACCAUGUGCGGUGUCUGGCCGAUGGCGACUGGACAGGGGAGGGCAGCGAUGGGGAGCACGACAUGGAGAAACAGCAGGACGACGAAGAGGCGAAGGGGAAACGGGAGCAAGAUGCCAACGGUGAGGAAGAAGAAAUGGAGAUUGAGAGAAGAAAGCUGCCAAGGCAUUACGCCAACCAGCUCAUGUUGUCAGAAUGGUUGGUGGAUGCCCCAGCAGAUCUGGAUACUGAUUGGCUGAUGGUCAUCUGUCCCGUUGGGAAAAGAUCCCUCAUCAUUGCCUCCAAGGGUUCCACUGCGGCGUACACAAAAAGUGGCUACUGUGUGAACCGUUUUCCCUCCUUGCUGCCAGGUGGGAACCGCCACAACUCAGCCAUGGGAAAAGACUACACCAUCCUGGAUUGCAUUUACAGCGAGAUGGACCGGACUUUCUACAUCCUGGACGUCAUGUGCUGGAGAGGCCACCCUGUCUAUGACUGCCCGACUGAUUUCCGUUUCUACUGGCUCCAGUCUAAAGUACAGGAGACUGAUGGCCUGGAGGAGAUCGCCAAACGAAAUCCUUUCCGCUUCGUGAGCCUCCAGAGCACUGACUGCACAGCAGCGUCCAUCCACAGAGCCCUGGCAGCUGAGUAUAGCUUCACCGUGGACGGUCUCCUUUUCUACCACCGGCAGACUCAUUAUACACCAGGCAGCACCCCGUUGGUGGGCUGGCUGCGCCCCUACAUGGUCGCUGACAUAUUGGGGGUAGAAGUGCCCCUCGGACCUCUCACUACUAAACCAGAUUACGCCAGCCACCAGCUGCAGCAGAUCCGGGAGCACAAGAAAACCUCUAGCGAGGUGCGGCCAGCCAGCAGGGACGGCGGCUACGAGCUGGAGCACCUGUCGACGCCCACCAAAGACAACGGCCACAACCACAGACCCAUCCAGGAAGCGCAGAUGGAGGGCUGA